AUUCGAAAAGAACGAGUCAGUGUUCAAACAUGAACGUUUUCUACCUAUGGUUAUUUGCUAGUUUCCGACUUAUUUUAGUAAAUUGUUCAGGUAAUUCAAAUAAGGUUAAGUAAAACAAUAUUUAAAUAUAUUUAUUAAUGAGACAAAGCUAUAUAAAAAAUUAUUUUCUUGAUAUAAUCAAUAGUUAAAGAAUUAUGAAUAAUCAUAAUUCCUAAAUAGCUUUAUCAAAAAUAUGUCUAAUAUAAUAUAUAUAUUAAUUAAUAAACGUAAAACAAUGCUGAUCUUUACGUUGGAAGAGUCCUUGUAGGUUUUUUUAACAGAUUCUUUUCUUAAUUUCUAAUAAAAGAUGAAUACUUUUACUAACAUAAGUCUGUUGAAGAGUUGUUUGAAUAGAGGUAAUUCAUUUUCCGGUAGUACGAGGAGAAAAAUUGUCGGUAAAUGACCUAGUAGUGAGGCGUAUGGAAUGUUACGUAUUUGACAUAAUCUGUAUAAGAUCAGUCCUUAGUGAAUAUAAUGUUUGUUAUUUCUUAUAUAAUAUAUUUUUUAUUGAUAUAAUUCCGAUAAAAUAGGAGUUAGCAUAACCUAUUUAAAUUGUUUAUCUUUUUAUUAUUAUUAAAGUCUUCUUUUAUUAUAGUUUGUACCAAGCUCUUUCUAUCCGUUCCACCAUCUUUAAAUACUGGAGAUCGUCCCAGAUUAAUAUCUGGUAUCUAUCAUUGGAACACUUCUUACUUUUUUAGACCGGUGUAUAGGAAUGUUGGGGUCGAUAUGUACAUUUAUCAUUCUCCAUGUUCGAAUGAAUGGAUGAUAGGGGAAUUAAUAGGUGCUGCAUGCACAGCUAUUUUCAAGGCAAAUUCAACUUACGAAACACCGUUGGAAGACGUAAAGAACUGGAGAAAAUUUGACGCUCACCUAGGAAUAUUUUCGAGCGAAUACGUAGAAAUAAAAUGUUUGGAAAGAACUUGCGACUACCUUUCACUAAAUUUAAAGUCCAGUAAUGAAGUGAAUUAUACUCUUCCAGAAGAGUAUAAAGGUCUAUAUGCAGAUCAUAAGAAAACCCUUUUUGGUCGACCAGUUUACAAACAUAUUCAAUCUGAAGCAUAUAUCUAUUACCAUUCGUCUAAGGCGCGUUGGAUUUUUGGCAAAGAAUAUGAUAGGGGUACGGGUUUUUUAGAAUUAGAGAGUAAUGCUACAAGACCGGAAGAUGGUGGACAAUGGAUAGAUUCGUCACUUAAUUCCACUGUUUUUUUAAAGGAUGUUAGCCUAAAAUGCCAUAGGUGUGGUCAAAUUCAUACUCAGUUUAGCAACGAUGAACUAGUACAGGGUGACGACGUUAAAUUUCAAGGAAAAUGGCCAUUUAUGAUAGCAAUCCUUAGAGAAGAUAAAGAAUUAAGGUGUGGGGCAGUACUAAUAGCCAAAGAUUGGUUUAUUACUGCCGGUCAUUGCGGGAUUAGUGUGGGUGAUAGCGUCAUAGCGGGGGCUUUGAAUCUCGAUGACGAAGCAGAAAAAAAUAGGCAAAUAUCAACAAUUAAAGCUAUUUACAGGCACGAAAAUUUCACGCAUAUAGCAUCACCAUUCAGAGUUGAAAAUGAUUUUAGUGUUGUACAAUUAGAAAAAGCAUUCUCUUUUAAUCAAUUUGUUCAACCGAUAUGUCUUCCGACGCUGACCGAACCUUUAGAAAGUUUAACGUUUAUUGGUUGGGGUGGAAAGGGUUUAGAUCAACAAGUUGGUUCUGUUUUAAAUGAAGCAACGGCGACCACUUUACCUUUGAAAGAAUGUAAUCUUUUUUUUCCCACUUUUAAAUGGUUAAUUGAAAGUCAUUCAAUAUGUAUUGCUGGACAACAAGCAGCUAAGACCUGCACUGGAGAUAGUGGCGGUCCAUUAUUUAAAGUUACAAAAGAUAAAACGGUUAUUCUUUUGGGUAUUGCCUCAUGGACAACGACUUUAUGCUUCCCUCUUGGUUAUCCAAGCGUCUAUGCGGAUGUAAGACCAUUCACUAAUUGGAUAAGAGAAAAGUGCCAAUGUUUUUAG